GUGUCGCGCCACGGCUCGCGGGCUGUGCCGGUGGCUGCGGGCCGUGCCGGGAGCGAGCCGCGGUGGCGGAGCGCGGCCGCCAUGGGUGGAGGGCGCUGACCCCGCGCUGCCAGCGGCGGCGGCAUGGAGGAGGAGAGCAUGGAGGAGGAGGGCGGCGGCGAGGCCAUGAUGGACGACCAGAACCACAACAACUGGGGCGCCGGCGGCUACGGGCGGCACCUGCUGGGCCCCGCCACCGCCGCUCCUCUCGGCGACCGUCUCCUGCGCGGCCCCGCGGUGCCCCCGGCCGGACCGCUGCUGCCCGUGGAGCCCGAGGCCAACGGCGUGCUGAGGAGCUGCGACCCGGCGGGCGCUGCGGGCAAGGGGGGGCCGGGAGCCAUCGCCGCCGCCAUCAACAUCAACGCCUCCACCUCCAAGUUCCUAAUGAAUGUUAUAACAAUUGAAGACUAUAAGAGCACAUAUUGGCCAAAGUUGGACAGUGCCAUAGAUCAGCUUUUAACUCAGAGUCCUGGUGACUACAUCCCUAUCUCCUAUGAACAAAUAUACAGUUGUGUGUAUAAGUGUGUAUGCCAGCAGCAUUCGGAACAGAUGUAUAGUGACCUAAUAAAAAAGAUAACUAACCACUUAGAGAGAGUCUCAAAGGAGCUGCAGGCCAGCCCUCCAGAUCUCUAUAUUGAAAGAUUUAACGUAGCUCUUGGACAAUAUAUGGGAGCAUUGCAGAGCAUUGUGCCUCUUUUCAUAUAUAUGAAUAAAUUUUACAUAGAAACCAAGCUUAACAGAGACUUAAAAGAUGACCUUAUAAAGCUGUUUACGGAACAUGUUGCAGAAAAGCACAUUUACAACCUAAUGCCUUUACUUUUGGAAGCUCAGUCAACACCCUUUCAAAUAACUCCAUCAACCAUGGCAAAUAUUGUGAAAGGCCUGUAUACACUAAGACCAGAAUGGGUACAGAUGGCACCUGCUUUAUUUUCUAAAUUCAUCCCGAACAUUCUACCCCCUGCUGUAGAAUCUGAGCUUCAGGAGUAUGCUGCUCAAGACCAGAAACUUCAAAGAGAACUUAUGCAGAAUGGGUUUACUAGAGGUGACCAGUCACGGAAAAGAGCUGGAGAAGAGUUAUCUUACAAUGGCUCAUCAGCUUGUGCAAGCUCCAGGGGAUACAGAUAGUGAAUAUACUGGAUCAGCUUCUAUUCCUAGCCACAACAGACACUGGAGGAGCGCAAGUGAUAUCCGGAGCCUUCUUUGGCAACUGAUGAUACUUGAGCUCUGACAUGAACUAUGCCUCGAAGAAGAACUUUGGACUCUCUUCUUCAUAUAAUGUCAGUUGCUGCUACAAUUGGGAUGACUUUGAAAGACGUAUCUCCUUGGUCUAGUCUCUCAACAAGUUCAUGCUCUACGAUUAUUGUGAGGAACGCACCUUGAAAAAUAAUCCUUUCUAAGUGGGAAUGGGCAGCCAAAAUCAGCAGCUUCCAAAAACAUUAGAAUGGAAGAACCUUUUUUGCACUCUUUUCUUAAUAUUAAGGACGUUCUUAAAACUAGUUAACAUGUCAGUGAAUUAGUUUUUAAACUUCAAGGUAUUUUCUGGAGCUUUUGAUUAAAUAAUAGGAAUAAAUUUUCAUUAUUUUGCAGUAUUUGUUUGUUAGUAUAAAAAUCGUCACCUUUUAAGAGUUGGUCCCAUAUAAAUGUAUCUUCUGUCAGGGAGUCUUAAAUUCCAGGUUUUUUUCUUAUUUUGAACUCUGCUUUCCUAUAUGUUUGUACUCUGUGCCUUCAGCUUGUGCACUUUGCAACUUUAUAGACCAUAUUUUGUUACUGCAAAAUGUGUUCUCGAGGAAAAACUUGAUGUGAACAAACAUGCUGCAAAGUUGCACUUUUCUCUUGCAUCAGUAGGAGGUGAAUUUAAAGAGGAAGGAAGAAAAGUUGAACGUAUUACCAUCACUAAUCAUGACUCAGAAGUUUGUCCCUUUUCAUUUUUUGUAUGUAUUAGUGUUCAGUGCUGGGACCAACUCUUGUAGAACCCCUCUCUAACUCUUCAUUGGCCUCUGUAAUUGCAGUUGUUUGAGAUGUGAAUUCCAGACUGAAGGAAAUACCAUGAUGUAUUUUAGGCUGUGUCAUGUGGAAACAAUAGUUGCCACGGCUAAAUUUUUUAGAGUGGAUCAUGGAGAAAUUCUCCACUGUAGUAGGUCUGUAAACUACAUCUCCGUCAGCACAAACCAGAUUUGCACCUGGUCGAUCAGUCAAUACCACCUUUCCAAGAUCACUGUGUGUCUCCUGUGCCAUUUCUCCUGGUGCAGGGAUGUGAUGGGGGUGUGAUGGUGGAUGUAGUCAGAAUCAGGGAGUUCAGAAGUGGUGUAACGCAUGCAUGUGUACCUGCUUCCAGUCCUGUGUGGGCUCAGCAGGAUGUCCAGCUGAGCCCAGUUCUAGGAGGUCAGGACCUAUGGUCUGAAUCCUAAUGAUUGUGACGUGAGAUUUUAUCCAUACAUGGCUGAUGUAAUUCCUUUGAGGGGAAAAACAUACUUGAAAGAGCAGUUUGACUAAGUUUUUUUUUUUAAUUACUAUGGAUUUAUUUUUAUCACUUUUAGUUAUAAAGGUAAAUGAGUUGGUAAUAUAAAAUCUUUCUGAAAUGAAACAAUUUUUAGUUAUGUCUUGCACAACUCUUAUUCCUGUUUUUAAAAAAAACAAGGCAGAAACCCCUGUAUGCUUGCAUGUAUUCAUUCUGAAACGCAAGAAAAAGAUUUAAUAAUAAUAUGUGCGGCAGGGAUAAACUUUGUUUUUCUUUAUGCUUUGUAGCCAGACUUCAUGUGAGUUUAAUGUUAUCAGUUUCACAUCAACCAUUUUGGCAAUACCUUUAGUUUGGAGGGGGGAAGAAAGUGGAGAAGGAAAAGGACACUGUGAUUGACACCAUGACUGACAGUCUGAUUAUACCUAUGUAUGGCUUUGCAUGCAUGCAAAGAAAAUUUAAUUAUGAGGAAGUUUUAAAAUUAAAAAUGAGUGCAUUAGUGUUUUGUUUCCAGAGAGAGCAAUGCCAGCAGUCAGACCCUGUAGCUAACAGUGGAAAAGCAAACCAACCUGAAGAGGGAUUUUCAAAUGCUUGUAGCAUUUGUUUCAACUUUCUACCAGCCACUUAAGUUGAAGCAACAUUAAACAGAAUCAGGUGUAUUUGUUGCUGGUACGUGGUGGAGAAAUUAAUGAGUGCUAGGAGGGAAUAAAAAAAGAUUCGUCAGCUUCCUGAUUUGUAUCAGUUUUGGCUUUAAACAAAAAUAAAACCUCUAGUAGUGUCCUUAGCUUUAAAAAUCACUCUGCUGAAAUGACAGCACUCAAAUUCAGAGUAGAUGUGUUAACCUAACCUGGUUAAAGUCUGUUUACAACUUCAUUCUCAUUCACAUAGUACGUACAGUAAGUGAGCUCUAUCAUCUUUGUCAUCUGAUUACAACUUUUUCUGUUUUUCAAAUGUUUUUACUGGUUUAGGUUUGUAAAUAACAUAGUGCUUUUGCUUCGUUUGAGGCAAGAGUUUUAACAUUUUAUGUCACAUUAUGCUUGGGGCACAAACUUGUAGCACGGCAGUUCCUUCAGAACAGAAAGCAUUCCUGUCGGCGCGGUUCACUUCAUACGCACUACAAGCAGCGCUUGGAUGCUUCUCAGUCCUGUGCAGCAUUCUCACUCGGCCAACAUACAGGAGAAAUCUGUUUGUUAAUCACUGUAUUACGUUGUAAAUUUGGCAUUAAAAAUUGUGUGUUUUGGCAUUAUUAACAUAAUGCUGAAAUCGUGUUUGUCUAAGAGUUUAUCAUUGUGACUGAGCAUGAAACGGAGUACAGCAUACUAUACUAAAUUAUUUGUUUCUCUGUAAACUUGCAUUUUACAGUAAAACUAACUCAGCCACCUUGAGCAUUGGUACUGUAAAGCCACAGCAACUAUGAACAGCAUGACCCUAACUGCAGUAUUUAAUUUAACCAAAUAACUUGUGGUAAAUCCGUUGCAUCUGUAGCUUACUCUGUUAAGAUUAAGCAGUAAAGUUGGUUAUGCAAUGGGUGUCCUCUCUAUGUUGCACUGGUUCUAUAGCCAAACUUGCUACAUUAAAAUAUUUUUAGAUGAAUUUCAGUUCUUGAUUUUGAAAGUUGAAAUAUUGAAGUUCAUGAUGAUUGUGAUGGUAGGGGAUUGCCAAUAUAUAUUUAAGAUGGACUUUGAUACAAAUCAUAAAAGGGAACCCACGUAGAUAAGCGCUAGUCUCUUCUGUAGUUGUAUUUCCUUGAUGUCUUUCAGCAGUUAUUGAGGAAGUAUUUGUAAAAUGAAUGGUUUCAAGCAAUAGUGUUUUGACCUCGGGUUUAAAAGCAGAAUAACCAGUAACACAAAGAUCAUGCUCUGAGUGACAGACAAAUAUCUUUCAUGUGUACUGUGGCAGCCCUGGCAAAAGGACUGUUUUAUAGAACUACGGAAUAGUAAAAGAAACACCCACCUACUUAAAUCUCUACUCUUGUCAUAACCCCCAGCUCCUGCUGAGAGAAAACCAAAAGUGUUUUGACAUCUUGAAAUGCACCAGGUGUCAUGCAGUAGAGCUCACAAUAUGUUGGUUUGAGUACCUUUAUGACUGGUACAUUUUCUGACUGCAACCAAGAAGUACUGCUCGUGAGGAAUGGUCUCUGCUUGGGUUGUAAACUUCCUUAUCUGUUCUGCUGGGAUGGUGUGUGUAGCAAAAAUGCUAAGGAGUGGCUUGAAGCAGUGAUUGAACACCUGGUGGAAAGGCAGAGCCAACCCCGGGGGGGCUCAGGUGCAUGCAGUGCAGCUGAGUGACCGGAACGGAUGGAGCCAGGAUCCACCCCUUCCCAGCCUCAUUUAAGGGUUGGCAGGGGAGGUGAGGAGAUCUUGCUGGAGAUCCCUGCAUACCUGAGGCCUUCUAAGGUUAUAAAGGGGGAAGAGAGAAUUCCUGAGUUGCUCCAAAAAUGUAAAGCUGGAUCAGCAGUAAAAGAUGUUGAAGCAGCAGCAUUUCCCUGAGAAGCAGCCAACUUAGAAGUGGAAUAUGGAUUAGUGUCAUCAGGAGCAGCAGCAAGAGCUGCACAGGCAGUCUGAUGGGGGUACUUUCCUAGCACAUCAUACUGCAGUUGAACAGCUGAGCCACUCAGAAUACCACAGCUGAAAAAUUUUGUCCAGAAUCAUCAAACAGAUUUGCACCCUCUACACUCUGAAUUUAUACAGGUUACUGAAUAAAGAUGAAUGAAUAUCUUACAUAGUUGGUAUAAUUUUGAUCUUCAUAAAAUAAAAAUGUAGUUCUACUACUGUAUGCAGCAAUGGCAUGAACUACAGUUUGAUAUUCCAUAGAGUAUCUCUGUAGAAGUCUAAUCUCUUGUUGGGAAAGGAAAAUAAAAGCUCCUCUUAAACA